GAAUAAAAAGACCUCUAGGAAUACUAUCGAUAAUUAAAAAUUGAAUAUUACUGUUCCAUAAUUAAGUGCUUGGUGAACUAGUGUGUUUUCAAUUGCAGGCUAUUGUACCGAUCGAGCUGUACAAUUGGGAUAUAAAUUAGUUUGGCCGAUGGCAAUAAAUUAAUACAUGAUCGGAUCGGAUUCAUGGAUACCUCCUCCUCCACCUCCGCCCAAAAACAGAUCUUUAUCCUCUCCGGGCAGAGCAACAUGGCCGGCCGCGGCGGGGUGGACAGGCAGAAGCACUGGGACGGCGUAGUCCCGCCGGAGUGCUCCCCCGAUCCGUCGCGAGUGUUCCGCCUCAACGCGCGCCUCGACUGGGAAGCGGCGCGCGUGCCUCUCCACUACGACAUAGACACCAAGAAAACGUGCGGCGUGGGGCCUGGAAUGCCCUUCGCCAACGCCGUCAAGGAGCAUAUCGUGGGAGCCAUCGGACUCGUGCCCUGCGCCGUCGGCGGCACCGCCAUCAAGGAGUGGGCGCGUGGCGGCCACCUUUACAACAACAUGGUGGAACGCGCCAAAGCGGCGUCCCGCGGCGGGGGGGGCGAACUAAAAGCGCUUCUCUGGUACCAAGGCGAGAGCGACACGAGCUCUGCACGUGACGUGGAGGCCUAUAAGGAGAGUUUGGAAACCCUGAUUCGGAAUGUACGGUCAGAUCUGAACUCGCCUUCUCUUCCGGUGAUUCAGGUGGCGAUUGCAUCCGGGGAUAUAAAGUACCUGGACAAAAUCAGGGAAAUCCAGAAGGGAAUCGACAUCCCGAACGUGGUGACUGUGGACGCCUACGGAUUGCAGCUGAAGGAGGAUAAUCUUCAUCUGACGACGGAGGCGCAGGUUCGAUUGGGCUGCAUCUUGGCCCAGGCACACCUCGCCAAUUUUAAGUGUGAGUAGAUUAGGUAUGGGGUCGGUGCCUCUCACUGUUUCUCAUUUCUAUUCCUAUCCCUUCCUCUACUUUCCCCAAAUUAAGCGCCUAUGUUGGCAUCUUGCAACUUCUUGCCUUUCACUC